AUGGCCUUGUCCGAGUGCUGCGUCAAGAGUUUCGUUUGGGAAGGCACCCCUGAGGGCCGCGUUGGCAAGAUCGCAGGCGGCCAAUACAAUGCCUACAUCGCCGGCAAGAGCUCUUCUGCUGCCGUCCUCUUCAUCCACGACGUCUAUGGCUGGGAAAACCCCAACGCCCGUCUCAUGGCCGACCACUAUGCCCGGCAGACUGGCGUGACCGUCUAUGUGCCCGACUUCUUCCACGGCGAGGUCCUCCGCCGCUCCGACCACCCAGAGCUCGCGGACGCCGAGUUCCUGAAGCAGCAUGUCCUGCCGUUCGUCGGCCGCCACCCUCGUGACGCCCGCGACAAGGACGUCUUUACCGUGGCCCGCGCCCUGCGCCGUGAGCACGGCCACGACAGACUCGCCGCCAUUGGUUUCUGUUAUGGCGGCUGGGCCGUGAUGCGUCUGGGCGCCAAGCCCGAGGACCAGCCCGAGGACGAGGACAAGGAUGCCAAGCCCAUUGAGGGGCCCCUCGUCCAAGCCGUGUCCACGGCGCACCCGUCGCUCGUCACCGAGCGGGACCUGGCCGGCGUGGCUGUGCCCCUGCAGAUUUUGGCGCCCGAGAUCGAUCAGUUGUACACCCCGGCCCUGAAGCAGUUCACCUUUGACGUGACGGCCAAAAACGGCAUCCCUCUGGACUACCUGCACUUCCCUGGCGUCGCACACGGCAGUCUGAUGCGCAGCAACCAGAAGUCCCCCGAAGCGCGCAAGGUUGUGGAGCGCGCACAGCACGCCGCCAUCAACUUCUUUAAACUGAACCUGGGCCUGAUCCAUUAA